AUGUCUUUACUUGACAGUCAUCUGGAGCAGAUUCUGCUCUCCUCCAAUGCCAUUGCUGAGCUGCCUUUCCCCCCACCACGGAUCUUUACAAACGCUCUCUUAGGCCCCCACGACAUCACCGCUCUUAUUCGCGAUACAGAGACCCAUGAACGCGCUCUUUUCCAAACUGACCCAUCUGUGAAGGCAAUUAAUGCUUCACAGCGUCGGUCAACCCGCCGAGGAACAGUAUUUCCAUCGGAGACAGAGGGAGAGUCAAUGGCCAGUCGGAUUUAUGCAGCCAGGAAUAGCAAAAGCCAAUCCGCUGUUGCAAGAGUCUUAGGGUCUGAUAUGAUGGAAGAAAUUAAACGCUCAGCAGGCACUUCAUCUAGAGGGCGUGGCGAGGUCAACGUCGACGUGCUUCUCCGAGGCGCAGAAAUCCUCUGCAACGUCUAUCCGGUCUCCGGGGCGCAAGAAAAGAUCGCGAGUCUCCGUUAUCGCCAUCAACUAGUUACUGACUCGAUUGUCGACCUGGAGGAUCGAGUAGCGAGAAACACCGCAGAAUUGGAGAAGAUGAGCCACUCAUACGGAGGCGACUACGACGACUAUGAAUCUUCAGGCACACUGCAACCAGAUGUAGCCGACUUGACAGAUGCCGAUAUUGAGCAGGAAAUGGAUGAAAUCCGAGAGCUAGAGAAAAUGAAGAGAACCUUAGAAGCCCGCGUCAGUGGUAUGGAACGGGAUUUGGGUGGCUUGAUUGGGUGA